AUGGCCGACCUCACUGCGUGGGCAGUUCCACGAAUCAGCCAGCUGCUCCCGCUGGACGAGGAUUCACUCAAGCAGAUCAUCGAAUAUUCCGCCAGUCUUCCCCCAGACGCUUGUGCCGACAACCUGAAAAACCUCCUGGGUGACUCCCCCGCGGCCUUCGAAUUCAUUGCCUCCUUCAACGCCCGCCAGAGCGCCCGCUCGCCAGCGCCCACUUCCUCCCGCCGCGAUGACACCUAUGCCCCGAACAAUGGCCGACCGAAGGGAAAGAGCAAGAAGAGCAAGCCGCCGCUCCAUAGCGCCGGUCCGACGCGACGCCCGGCCAACUACGGUGAUGUGGGUGGCGGCUACAUGAAGUCGAAGGAAGAGGAGGAUUACAUGACCGCCAGCAAGCAUACACUGCAGCCUCCGCCUCAGUCUUCUGCUCCGACAUCCUCGGGUUCUUCGCGUGCGCAAUCGCCCGUGCACCCGUCAUCGUCCAAAGCGCCUCCGUCAGCCUCGGGCCCGGUCCUGUCAGAUAUGCUGCCAAAUGUGCGGUCCAAGACAGGCAAACAAUCACGACAACCUGGAGGGUCCGCCAAGUCGUCAAAAGGUGGUGCGGCGCUGACAACAAACGAUAUCACGGACCUGACAGCUGCAAUUGCUGCAUUGGAAGUCUCGACCAACCCGACCCUUGGCGAGAAGCGCAAGUGCGACUGCUAUGCUACAAUUCACUCGCUGUUCGACCCGGCCCCGAACUGUCUCAACUGUGGCAAAAUUAUUUGCUCAUUGGAGGGACUGCAGCCGUGUUCAUUCUGCGGCACACCCCUUCUCUCCUCAGAGGAGGUCCAGAGCAUGAUUCGGGAGUUGAAAGCCGAGCGUGGACAAGAAAAGAUGCGGGCCCACAAUGAGGGCGUUCACCACAGCGGAGGACCACGGCCUACUGGUCCCGACCCUGCGUCCUCGAGCAAACUAGAUGCAGCGAAGGCACAUCGCGAUAAGCUUCUCUCAUUCCAGGCACAAAAUGCCCGGCGUACCAAGGUCGUUGACGAAGCCGCCGAUUUUGAGACACCGAAUGUCGCGUCGACCCUCUGGAUGAGUCCUGCGCAGAGGGCCCUCGCCCUCAAGAAGCAGCAACGCAUUCAACGCGAAAUGGACGAGAAGGCUCGACCUGAGUGGGAAAAGAAAAAGACCGUGAUGAGCCUUGAUAUCAAGGGCGGGAAAGUCCGGCGGGUGUAUCACUCUGCUGCGGUCGAAUCGACCCCUGACUCCAGCGAACCGGAGCCCAUGGAGGAAGCCGAGGCCGACGCACCUCCGAGCAGAGGAGACGCCUUCAGCAAAAAUCCCCUUUUGGCCGCAGGAGGACUCAUGCGCCCCAUCUGGAAGGCUCCGGAGGGCAAGAAGGUGGAUCCGAGUGAGCGCGCCGAGCGAAAACAGACCUGGCGGCGAGUUCAGGACGACUAUGAUGAUAACGAGCAGUGGAUCCUGGAUGGUGGGACUCAAGGGCAUCCCGACACCGACAGCACGUAG